AUGUUCGCUUCCAUACCCUCCUCAUUGGUGGCUAACUCCGCCUCAAGAAACUACAGUGUCCUUGCCCCUCCAGCGUACAACCUCAAACACAUCAUCGCCAACCUUCCCCAGUACGCAGAUGCGGUCAAAAGAAGGGAGGUGGCCAACCAUCCAGACUUAUCGGCGCUGAGUCUCCAAAAACUUCCAAUCCACUAUGAGAACUACAUGUUUUACACAGAACAUAAAAAAUUGCUCGUUGAAUUAAGAAACAGGUUACAGGAUUUAUACAAACGACAUGGCAAAUCGCCAGCCCUCAAGCAGUUUUUGGAAGACCAUCCAGAUAUCAUUUCUCUCAAAGAUAUCAAGACUCAAUUGAAACAAGUCGAAGACAAGUUGAAUUCGCAGAAAGUCCCGUUAUUCAAGGUUUGUAGUGCGUUGCCUAAUUUGAUCGAUGAAUCGGCCCUUGACUCUGAAUUCCAAGUAGUCGAAUAUAUCAAUUACCCAGAACAACAGUCAAAUGCUAAAACUAUUGAUGAGAAGGCCAGUUUUUUGGAACAAGCCCUAACCCAACAAGAUAAAUUUGAUCAUAAAACAAUUGUUGAAAAAUUCGGGAUUGUCGAUUUCUCUACUGCCUCGAAAAUCUCAGGGAAUUCCUGGUAUUAUCUUAUCAACGAUGGGGCGUUGUUAGAGCAAGCGCUCGUGCAAUACGCCCUCAAAGAAGCCCGGAAGGCCGGUUUUACAAUGUGCAUUCCUCCAUCGAUAGUCAAAGACGAAAUCAGUAACGCCUGCGGUUUCCAACCAAGAGAUCUAAAUAAUGAAAAACAGACGUACGAAUUAUCUGAAUCUAACUUGGUGCUCACUGGAACUGCAGAAAUCCCUUUGGCAGGUCUUUCAAUGAACAAGUUGUUCCAAUAUAAAGAAUUACCUCAGAGAUUGGUCGGGGUAAGUAGAAGUUAUCGUGCCGAGGCUGGGGCAAGAGGUAAAGACACCAAAGGUCUUUAUAGAGUUCAUGAGUUCACUAAAGUCGAGCUUUUCACCACCUGUGCUGGUCAGGGCUCCAAAGAGGAAUUUUCCAAGAUUGUGGAAUUCCAAAAAUCCUUAAUUGGCAAGCUUGGAUUAUUGGCUCGUGUAAUUAAUAUUCCUGCCAAUGAUUUGGGUGCUCCGGCUUACCAAAAAUAUGAUAUUGAAGCUUGGAUGCCGGGUCGUGGGUCCUGGGGUGAAUUGACGUCUACAUCUAUUUGUACUGAUUUUCAAUCUCGCAGAUUCCACACUAAGUAUGUCGAUCAACAAAACAAGCGUCAAUUCGCUCAUACUUUGAACGGGACAGCAAUGGCAGUUCCAAGAGUCAUAGUGGCGAUUAUUGAAAAUAAUUACGAUCCGGAAAAUGAUUGUAUUUGGGUCCCAGAAGUGUUGCGUCCUUACAUGGAUGAUAAAGAGAUGAUUUCUUUGUGA